AUGCUGGUGGCCAUGGACACCAGCCAGGGGGCUGGCCCGAGCAUUGCCAGUGACAAGGACAGGGACCUGCAGGAGCUGUUGCAGGAACUCGGCCAGCUCCAGGCAAAGCAGAGGAAGCUGAAGAGAGAGGUCGAGAAGCACAAGCUUUUUGAAGACUAUCUGAUUAAGGUCCUUGAGAUAAUCCCUAAGGGCCACAAUGAAGGGGAAGAGCCAGAGGGGCCAGACAAGGCCCUGGUGGGGGCCAUGGUGGAGCACUAUGGGCAGCUCUUCACGAUCAGCCAGGACAUCCAGGAGUAUCUGGAAGCCUUCUCCAAGAUGUGCCAGGUCUUCCACCAGAGGCUGGAAUCUCUCGAGGAGAGCCACAGGGCUCUUAUCCCGACCCUCAAGAUUCGGCUGUGUCAGCUGCAGAAGCGAUGUCAUCAUGAGUGGAAGCUGUGGGGGUUGGGACACCGUGUCACCUCCCAGAAGGACAUGGACAGCUAUAAUGUGGAAAGCAAGACCACCACCACUGGCCACAACCCUGAAGAUCUUAAGUCUAGGACUCUGGGGCUGCCCAGAAACGAGCUGCUCAACAACCUGCAAAGGAUCAUCAACAAUAUGGUCCGGCAGUGCUCCGCCUCCGCCCACCGCUCCGCCUCCGCCCACCGCGCACCUGAGAGCAUGGGCCUCUUCUCGAAGCUCGACCUGAUUCAGGAAUUUAUGUUGGACAAAAUGGAGACAGUGAAAUUUAUCUCUCUGCUCAUGGAACCCAGAGUAUGCUGGUCAGGGGACCGUCUCAAGAACCACAGAAGAUACUCCAGCUCCUUCAGGAAAUGCCCAAGGAAUCAAGAUUCGGUCCCCAGAACUCCCCAUCCAGGCACCCAGACUUCGGAGCGCUCCAGCUUGAGCUGA